UCUGCUUUAAUCACGUCACAUAUUCAAUUCAACGUUUGGCCGCUGAGCUUAGCUUAGCGUAUAUUGAAUUGAAUAAUGAAUUGAUAUAUACCCGUUCGUCCUCGUUUCUUCUUCCCUAGUCGCCAACUUCUGACUCACUCUCAUUCUCCAUUUUCUGUUUUGUCUACGAAGUUAAUAUGGCUAACCAUGAAGGGUCUUCGGGUGUUCCUCAUCCUAAGCUCAAUGAAAGAAUACUUUCUUCGAUGUCGCGGAGAACUGUUGCUGCUCACCCCUGGCACGAUGUAGAGAUAGGGCCAGGAGCUCCAUCAGUUUUCAACUGUGUGGUUGAAAUUAGCAAAGGCGGUAAGGUUAAGUAUGAGCUGGACAAGACAAGUGGUCUUAUAAAGGUUGAUCGUGUUCUUUACUCAUCAGUUGUCUACCCACACAACUACGGGUUUAUCCCACGAACCAUUUGUGAAGACAGCGAUCCAAUGGAUGUUCUGGUUCUGAUGCAGGAACCUGUGCUACCUGGCACCUUCCUCCGAGCUCGUGCUAUUGGACUAAUGCCCAUGAUUGACCAGGGUGAGAAGGAUGACAAGAUCAUAGCAGUUUGUGCUGAUGACCCUGAGUUCCGCCAUUACACAGACAUCAAAGAGCUUCCUCCACAUCGGCUGGCUGAAAUAAGAAGAUUCUUUGAGGAUUACAAGAAGAAUGAGAACAAAAAAGUUGAUGUUGAAGAUUUUCUACCAGCUAAGGCUGCCAUUGAUUCCAUCAAGUAUUCAAUGGACCUCUAUGCUUCUUACAUAGUUGAGAGCUUAAGGAAGUGACUUUUUUUGAAACUGAAUAUCCAUCUCUAAAUUAUUUAUACAAAUAUCAAUAAAACUCCAUACACAAUGCUAUUUCUGCCAUUGUGUCGUGGCACUUGAGCUGCUUGGCCUCUGGCACAAGCACAACCUUCGGUAACUUAAUCUUCUGAUUUGAGGUUGCAGUUCUAUUGCCAUCGAAUACUGAACUCAUCAUUUCUAGUAUUGAAGCACUGAUUUAUAAAAGCCAUAAACAUGUUCUUGUUGGUAUUGUUUUUGUGACUAGAACAAUGAUGAUAUUCUCACACUUUCCCUUUUA